AUGUCCGGAUUUAGAGCACACCUUCACAGCGACUUCCCACUCGCUCAAAGCUUAUCCAUGGAUUCUCUUCCAAAGACACAGACAGCGAUUAUCGCACUUGAUGAUGGUAAUCUGAAGGUUGUGGAAAAUGUAACUCUGCCCACAUUGGAAGAUGAUAUGGUCUUGGUGCGGAACAUAUUCGUUGGGCUUAAUCCAGUGGAUACUAAGAUGGUUGGCCAUCUCGCGGUUCCAGGGGCAAUUGCUGGCACAGACUAUGCUGGGUAUGUAGUUGCCAUCGGUAACAACGCUCAAUGCCCAGGUCUCAAGAUCGGAGAUCGUGUAGCAGGCGCUGUCCAACCUUGCAACCCAUUGCUGCCUUCAGUUGGUGCAUUCACGCAAUAUGUCGGGGCUACUGGGUUUGUGACAAUGAAAAUGCCAGAUGAAAUGUCGUUUGAAGAAGCCGCAACAAUGGGAAGUGGUAUUGGUACCAUGGGGCUGGCACUAUUUCGUUCACUUGGAGUCCCCGGAUAUCCAGGAGAGCCUGCAUUGAAACCGAAGCAUGUUCUUGUGUACGGAGGAAGUUCCGCGACAGGGACAAUGGCUAUCCAGCUGCUCAGACUUUCCGGAUUGAUACCCAUUGCAACGUGCUCCGAAAAGAACUUCGCACUCACAACUUCGUACGGCGCCGAAAAGGUCUUUGACUAUCACUUGCCUUCGUGUGCAGAAGACAUCAAAGCGUUUACAAAGAACUCGCUAAAGUAUGUGAUGGACUGCAUCUCUGAGCCGGAGACAAUGGAAUUUUGCUACCGAUGUAUUGGAAGAGCUGGCGGGAAGUACACUGCACUUGAGCCGUAUCCCACCUGGCUAGACAACAAAAAGACUGUCAAAGCAGACUGGGUGUUUGGUCCGAUGAUGCUGGGCAAGAAGAUUGGUUGGCCUGUCCCCUUCGAAAGAGAGGCGGACGACGAGGUUCGAGACUUUUCGAUCAAAUGGUUUGAAACCGCAAGGAAGCUCCUCCAGGAUGGCAAAAUCAAAGCACAUCCAUUAAGAAGCAUGUCGGGUAGCUUUCAAGGGGUCAUUGAUGGUAUGGAUUCCUUACGAAAGAAGGAGAUAUCUGGCGUGAAGUUGGUAUAUCGAGUGGCGUCAGAAUAG